CGCCCUGCCCCCUCCCCCCUCUGACUGGCUAAGCAUGCGGCACUGGCCCUGCGUCUCCAGGAGGCGGCGCUGCUGAGAGGCGACAGGAGGAGGAGGAAGAGGAGGAGGAGGAGGAAGAAGAGGAGGAGGAAGAGGAGGUCGGAGCUGAGCGUGUGUGUCUGCCGAGGCGAGAAUGGAUGACUUCACCACCAGGACGUACGGCACCAGCGGCCUCGACAACAGACCUCUGUUUGGGGAAACGUCGGCACGGGACCGAAUCAUCAACCUGGCAGUGGGGGGAUUUACGUCUUUGGUUGUUUUAGUAACGGUGAUCAGCUCGUUUGUUUUCCCCUCGCUGCCGCCACGACCGCUCAAUGUCUUCUUCGCGGUGUGCAUCCUGUUAGCCUGUGGAUCCACCAUAGUGCUGAUAUUCUGGUACCGGCAGGGCGAUCUGGAGCCUAAAUUCAGGAACCUGAUCUACUACAUGCUGGCGUCCAUCGUGCUGCUGUGUCUAUGUGCCAACCUCUACUUCCACGAAGUCAGGUAAAAGCAAAGGAGCGAGGAGGAAGAGGAGGAGGAAGGAAAGAAAGAAGAAGAAGAAGAAGAAGGGAAGAGAAAGAGAGAAAGAGAAAG